CGGGGCGUUGCUGGGGCUGCGUUGGGGAGCCCCGGCCUUCGAGAGGAAUUGUGUGAAGUGCCGGAGAGACUCCAGGAGCUACCUUAGCGCUCCCCCGCCACUGCCACCGCAGCCAAGCUUCCUUCUCCGCCCCGUGUCUCGGUAGCAGAGAGAAAGGAGUGUAGCCGGGGAGCCCCAGCGCAGGGGUUAGAAGCCCAACAUGAUGGACUUGGAACUGCCCCCGUCGCAACAGGACAUGAAUUUAAUUGACAUCCUCUGGAGACAAGAUAUAGAUCUUGGGGCAAGACGUGAAGUGUUUGACUUCAGUCAAAGGCGGAAAGAGCAUGAGCUGGAAAAACAAAAGAAACUUGAAAAAGAAAGACAAGAACAACUUCAGAAGGAACAAGAGAAAGCCUUUCUGGCUCAGCUGCAGCUAGACGAAGAAACAGGUGAAUUCCUCCCAAUUCAGCCAGCCCAGCACAUUGAGCCUAGCACAUCGACCAGCUACUCACAGGCUGCUGAUAUCCCCAAAGCAGAUGCUCUGUUCUUUGAUGAUUGCAUGCAGCUAUUGGCAGAGACCUUCCCAUUUGUAGAAGAUGAUGAGGUUUCUUCAGCCACAUUUCAGUCACUUGUUCCAGAUCACAUUGACAACAACCCAGUCUUCAUUACUUCCAGUCAAGCUCAGCUCCCCGGAUCAUCUGUCCUUCAGUCUGUAGUGGAAAACAAUAUGCAGGAUAUCGAGCAAGUGUGGGAGGAGCUGUUGUCCAUUCCAGAGUUACAGUGUCUUAAUAUUGAAAAUGACAAGUUGGCUGAGGCUACCACAGUUCCAAGUCCUGAAGUGAAACCGACAGAAAUCAAUAACAAUUACAAUUUCUACACUUCCCUCUCGACGAUGGAAAAAGAAGUAGCUACCUGCAAUCCAGAUUUCCUCAGUGCUUUUGAGGACUCCUUUGGCAACAUCCUCCCCACAGAAGACCCUAACCAGUUGAGAAUGAACUCUUUAAAUUCAAAUGCCACAAUAAACACUGAUUUUUGUGAGGAAUUUUACUCAACUUUCAUAGCAGAAACAAACAUAAACAGCAGUAUGCCUUCCCCCGCCCACAUCAGCCAGUCACUCUCAGAACUCUUAAAUGAGCCCAUUGAUAUUCCUGACCUUUCACUCUGUAAGGCCUUUAACAGCAACCCUCCUGAAAACCCCCCAGAAUGUAAUGAUUCUGACUCAGGCAUUUCUUUGAACACAAGCUCUAACAUGGCAUCACCAGAACACUCAGUGGAGUCUUCCCUCUAUGGAGACACGCCACUGGGCUUCAGUGAUUCUGAAAUGGAAGAUGUUGACAGUGCUCCUGGAAGCACGCAGCAGAGCGGGGCCAGGAUGCAACCAGUGCCAUUUCAGGAGGACAUGCCCUAUCCGGUGUCUCCCACUCAGGGGCCCGCCGUUCCUGCGCCCGAUGCUCUGCAAAGUGUAAGCACGCCAAAGAGAGAGUCGCCCACCAGUCCUGGUCACCAGAAAGUCCCAUUCACAAAAGACAAACAUUCAGGCCGCUUAGAAUCCCAUUUCACAAGAGAUGAGAUGAGAGCAAAGGCUCUUCAUAUCCCUUUCCCUGUAGAAAAGAUUAUUAACCUUCCUGUGGAUGAUUUCAAUGAAAUGAUGUCAAAAGAGCAGUUUAAUGAGGCCCAACUUGCACUUAUUCGAGAUAUUCGUAGGCGGGGCAAAAACAAGGUGGCUGCUCAGAAUUGCCGGAAAAGAAAACUGGAAAAUAUAGUGGAACUGGAGCAAGAUUUGGAUCAUUUAAAAGAUGAAAAGGAAAAGCUGCUCAGAGAAAGAGGAGAAAAUGACAAAAGCCUCCAUCUACUGAAAAAACAGCUCAGCACCUUGUAUCUUGAGGUCUUCAGCAUGCUACGAGACGAAAAUGGAGAGCCCUACUCCCCUAGUGAAUAUUCCCUGCAGCAAACAAGGGAUGGUAACGUGUUCCUUGUUCCCAAAAGCAAGAAACCUGACAUUAAAAGAAAUUAGGUUUGGGAAGAUUCUAUCUUUACUGAGGUAGUGUUUUUGUACUGUUUUACUAAAAGCUCCUACUGUGAUGUGAAAUGCAUAAUUAAGUGAUAUUUUAUAAAAAUUCUAUGCAAGCAUAUAUCCAAAAUAGUAUAGAAAUUGCACACAAUAUAAAAGCAUUAAAAUAAUAAGAUGCAUAUAUAUGUAUGCAGAAUCUAUAGUCUCACUUUAACAGCAAAUAUUUCCUUGUUGCACCUUUUGGGCUAGUUUCUGUAUAAGUGUAAAUAGUGCAAACUUCUUAUUUAUACUGUUCCUAUCUCAUUUGUUAUAUUCAUAGAUUUAUAUGAAAAUAUGAUUUAGCUUACCCUAAAUACAGUUUGUUGCAAGACUAACCACAAGUGCCUUUUUAUAAAUACUCUAUGAUCUGGAAGUGUCAUUUUCUUAUGUAGUUAUUUUGCUUUACAUAAAAAUUUAAUUUAGCAAAAAAAGCUAAUACCAAUAAAGAUAUUAAACUUAA